GAGGAAGUCUCCCCUGCUGAGUGUGUAAGAGGAAGCACAAGAAGGCUCUGAGGGCCUGUGAGCCAUAAUGACUGAUUUCACCCAUGAGCCAAUUGCAGAGGCAACGGAAGACCAGCGUACCAACCAGGCUGGGUCCCUCCGCCAGAGGGUGUCACCAUCUAAGCUGAAAGUGUCUGGGGAGAUCAGACAUUGCUGUCUGGUGCUCCUCUCUCAGUGGCCAUCAUGUCUUUGACAUCUGCUUACCAGCAUAAAUUAGCAGAGAAGCUCACUAUCCUGAAUGAUCGCGGUCAGGGGGUUCUCAUCCGUAUGUAUAACAUCAAGAAGACUUGUUCAGACCCCAAAUCUAAGCCACCUUUCUUACUGGAAAAGUCCAUGGAACCAUCUCUCAAGUAUAUCAACAAGAAAUUUCCCAUCAUAGAUGUCCGAAACAGCACGCAACAUUUAGGACCAGUACAUCGUGAAAAAGCCGAGAUAAUUAGAUUCCUCACCAACUACUACCAGUCAUUUGUGGAUGUCAUGGAAUUUCGGGAUCAUGUAUAUGAACUUCUCAACACCAUUGAUGCCUGCCAGUGCCAUUUUGAUAUCAAUCUCAACUUUGAUUUCACUCGGAGUUACCUGGACUUGAUUGUGACUUACACCUCAGUCAUUUUACUUCUGUCACGGAUUGAAGAUCGACGGAUACUGAUUGGCAUGUACAAUUGUGCCCAUGAGAUGCUGCAUGGGCACGGUGACCCCAGUUUUGCCCGUCUGGGUCAGAUGGUCUUGGAGUAUGACCACCCUCUGAAGAAGCUGACAGAAGAGUUUGGGCCUCACACAAAGGCUGUGAGUGGAGCCCUCCUCUCUUUGCAUUUCCUCUUUGUCCGAAGGAACCAGGGGGCUGAGCAGUGGCGCAGUGCCCAACUUCUAAGCCUCAUCAGCAACCCCCCAGCCAUGAUUAACCCUGCUAAUUCAGAUACAAUGGCCUGUGAGUAUCUGUCUGUGGAAGUAAUGGAGCGCUGGAUUAUCAUUGGGUUUCUUCUUUGUCAUGCGUGCCUCAACUCCAAUAGCCAGUGCCAGAAGCUGUGGAAGCUGUGUCUGCAGGGCUCCCUGUACAUCACCCUUAUCCGUGAGGAUGUGCUGCAGGUGCACAAAGUCACCGAGGACCUGUUUAGCAGUUUGAAAGGGUACGGCAAGCGAGUGGCAGACAUAAAGGAGAGCAAGGAACACGUAAUUGCAAACAGCGGCCAGUUUCAUUGUCAACGGCGGCAAUUUCUGCGGAUGGCAGUGAAGGAGCUGGAGACUGUGUUGGCUGAUGAACCAGGACUACUGGGUCCCAAGGCUCUUUUUGCUUUCAUGGCCCUGUCCUUCGUUCGUGAUGAAGUCACCUGGCUGGUUCGCCACACAGAGAAUGUCACCAAGACAAAGACUCCUGAGGACUAUGCUGACUCGAGCAUUGCAGAGCUACUUUUCUUGUUGGAGGGGAUUAGGUCUCUGGUCCGAAGACACAUCAAAGUGAUACAGCAAUACCACCUUCAGUACUUGGCAAGAUUUGAUGCUCUUGUGCUCAGUGACAUCAUUCAGAACUUGUCUGUGUGUCCAGAGGAGGAGUCCAUCAUCAUGUCCUCAUUCGUCAGUACCCUCUCCUCUCUGAAUCUCAAACAAGUUGAUAAUGGAGAGAAAUUUGAAUUCUCAGGAUUGAGGCUGGACUGGUUCCGCCUACAGGCAUACACUAGCGUGGCUAAGGCCCCUCUGCACCUGCAUGAGAACCCCGACCUAGCCAAGGUGAUGAACCUCAUUGUCUUCCACUCCCGAAUGCUGGACUCAGUAGAAAAACUGCUGGUGGAAACUUCUGAUCUGUCUACUUUCUGCUUUCAUCUCCGUAUCUUUGAGAAGAUGUUUGCCAUGACCUUGGAGGAACCUACCAUGUUGCGUUACGCCAUUGCUUUCCCCCUGAUUUGUGCUCACUUUGUCCACUGCACUCAUGAGAUGUGCCCAGAGGAGUACCCCCACCUGAAGAACCAUGGUCUUCACCACUGCAACUCCUUCCUGGAAGAGUUGGCCAAGCAGACCAGCAAUUGCGUCCUGGAGAUCUGUGCUGAGCAGCGAAACCUGAGCGAGCAGCUUCUACCUAAGCACUGUGCCACUACAAUCAGCAAAGCCAAGAACAAGAAAACCAUGAAGCAGAGGCAGACUCCCAGAAAAGGAGAGCCCGAGAGGGACAAGCCAGGAGCUGAGAGUCACCGGAAGAACCGCAGCAUUGUCACCAACAUGGACAAGCUACACCUAAACUUGACAGAAUUGGCAGUGACAAUGAAUCAUGUAUACAGUUUCUCCGUGUUUGAACAUGCUAUCUUCCCUUCUGAGUACCUCAGCAGCCACCUGGAGGCCAGACUCAACAGAGCCAUUGUGUGGCUGGCUGGCUACAAUGCCACGACCCAGGAGAUCGUACGGCCUUCUGAGCUGUUGGCAGGAGUCAAAGCAUACAUUGGUUUCAUACAGUCACUGGCCCAGUUUUUGGGUGCAGAUGCUUCCAGAGUCAUCCGCAACGCCCUCCUGCAGCAGACACAACCACUGGAUUCCUGUGGGGAACAGACAAUCACCACUCUCUACACAAACUGGUACUUGGAAAGUCUGCUUAGACAGGCAAGCAGUGGGACCAUCAUCCUCUCCCCAGCCAUGCAGGCCUUCGUCAGCCUGCCCAGAGAAGGGGAGCGGAACUUCAGUGCAGAGGAGUUCUCUGACAUCUCUGAGAUGCGGGCCUUGGCUGAACUCCUGGGCCCCUAUGGCAUGAAGUUCCUGAGUGAAAACCUGAUGUGGCAUGUGACCUCUCAGAUUGUGGAGCUGAAGAAGCUGGUGGUGGAAAACAUGGACAUACUUGUUCAGAUCAGAUCCAACUUUAGCAAGCCGGACUUGAUGGCUUCCCUGCUGCCCCAGCUGACAGGGGCUGAAAAUGUGCUAAAGCGCAUGACCAUCAUUGGGGUUAUCCUCAGUUUCAGGGCCAUGGCCCAAGAGGGACUUCGGGAGGUUUUCUCCUCCCAUUGCCCAUUUCUUAUGGGUCCCAUUGAGUGCUUGAAGGAGUUUGUCACUCCAGACACAGACAUCAAGGUGACCCUGAGUAUCUUCGAGCUGGCAUCUGCUGCAGGUGUGGGCUGUGACAUUGACCCAGCCUUGGUGGCUGCCAUUGCUAAUCUGAAAGCUGAUACUUCAUCUCCUGAGGAGGAAUAUAAGGUGGCCUGCCUGCUCUUGAUCUUUCUGGCAGUUUCCCUCCCACUCCUUGCCCCUGACCCUUCUUCCUUUUAUAGCAUUGAGAAGGAUGGUUACAACAACAAUAUUCAUUGCUUGACCAAAGCCAUCAUCCAGGUGUCUGCUGCCCUCUUCACGCUCUACAACAAGAACAUUGAAACUCACCUCAAGGAAUUUCUAGUGGUGGCCUCUGUCAGCCUCUUGCAGCUGGGCCAAGAGACUGACAAGCUUAAAACCAGAAAUCGAGAAUCCGUUUCUCUGCUCAUGCGCUUGGUGGUGGAGGAGUCAUCCUUCCUGACCCUGGACAUGCUGGAGUCCUGUUUCCCUUAUGUCCUGCUUCGAAAUGCCUAUCGGGAGGUGUCCCGGGCCUUCCACCUAAACGGAAGCCACUGAGUGCCUGCCAGUACCCACUGAAGAGCCCUUUGGACCUUCCUAAACCCUUGCCAUAGUGGAAGCUGUGGUCACUUUCUCAAGGGGUGGGAAUGGGGUGGGGUCACUAAGCAGAGGGUCAGGAGCCAGAGUUGAUCAACAGAUCUGUGGAAGAAUAAUCCAGGGCUGAGAAAUCGUAGAGCAGUGAGGCAGGCUGGGGGCAUGGAGGACAGUUUAUGGAAAAAGUUAGGGCGUGGGGCCGCAUGUGUGAAUUUUACAAUGAGAAAAGGACUAAUGUACAAGUAUAUUUUCUAUCUUCUGGUGACUUGAGCUUGAGCUCUGACAGGCAUGGGCCUCUCCGACCUUCAUCACUAUUCUUAGGAUAAUGCUGGCGGGCAGAGAUGAUCAAUCAUCAUAUUAAACCGUAAUGAGCUUAUAA